UCCCGCCCGCUUGUUGCGUCACGUCGAAGACUUCCGGGUUGCUUCUCACAGACACACAUGUCGCUUCGCCUCGUUUUUACGUUUAGUUUAGUUUUUUUGGUGACGCUACACGUCCUUAAACCACAUUAGCGAGAUGUUGAGUUAAACAUCACCCGUGUCCUUCUACAUUUAAUCGGAGGCAACGAACAUAUUUAGAGCGUCUUUUCGUUGGAGGCAACAAGCGGAUCCAUUCAUCUCCUAUUUAUUGCCUACGAAGACCUCCUCUAGUUUAAUCUAUGCCCGUUGCUAAUCUGCACAAUGACUGGAGUCCAUCAUUUCCUAAACGGGACUCAACUCGAUGCCGUUGGUCAAAUUGGAGCAGAGGGGUCAUACCACAUUGUGCUGGACAGAUCCCCUCCAGACUACGUGGAGAAGAUAUCGCGAUAUCUUUCGUCUUCUAUGGGACAGGGCACAUGGGAUAAAGUAUCCAAUGGCCCUGCUGAAGCAGAUAGUGACUCAGGAGACAGCCUGUUCAUAACCCAAAAGGAAGCAACGCUACCUGAGGAUGUGAGGCCAGACCGACUCCAUCAAUACAUCAGAGAUCUAGAGGAAGGUGAAGGCGGUUCCUCGUCCACUUCCCACAGUGAAGACUUCAAAACUCCCAAGUGGAGAAGAAAGAAAUACACCCUGCCAAAAUACAGUUUCCCUUUCCUCGAAAAGCAUAACAAGAAGCUCAGAAGCACUCGGUUACCCGACCAGUACAAAAGCCUCCAUGAUUACACCCUCGGAGGCUUCUUUAAAUGUCUCGGAGAGCUGAGGCAGAGCUCUCAGAGAGGACAGAAUCUGGAGUCAUCUUUACCAACAGUUGACAUGGAUGGGGAGCACAUAUCUCCAUUGUCAGAAGAAGAUGGAGAGAGGUCAGAGGACGAAGACGUCAAAGUGGUGGAGAGGAAACACUUCCUGGUAUCGUCCAAAAGAAUGAGCCAACAAACCUGGUGCAACCAGUUAAAAAGACCAAAGAGGAAGAAAGAUAAUAACGCUGGGCCAGAAACAUCAGGAGAAACCAAGAUGUCGCCUAUAAAACCGAACAAAAAGUCUUCUUGCAGAGUUCUGGUGCAGAGUGCCAGAGAAGCAUCCACGCCUGUAGCAGGACAGGCCGGCGGUGGACCACCAAGCCAACGUCUCCUCCACGGACUCCCAGACCGCACUAAGGUAAAGAAGAAGAGGAAGAAAGAAAGGUCAAAGGGCCUGAAUGCUGCGACAUCUGUGAACAUGGUGGUAGAGGAGACUCCCAGGCUUUCCGAAGGUUACAGGGCAGCGCAGACCAGUGAUGUGCUGGGAAUAAAUGUGAAAAAUGGGACUGGGGCCUCGUCAGGCGACAAUAACACACUCAGACGGGUGAAGGGAGAUGUUCCUGAUUCAAAACAAAAGAAAAAGAACAAGUCUGCGGCAGAAAGAAAGAAGAGGAAAGGUAGAGGCGAAGAUGCUGAGCAGUUACAGUCAGGCGCAGUUGCAGAACCUCAAAUUGAUGAUGCUGAGAUACAGAAGAAGAAGAGGAAAGGUAGCGGCGAGGAUGCUGAGCAGUUACAGUCCGGCAUUGUUACCGAACCUCAAAGUGAUGAUGCUGAGAUGCAGAAGAAAAAGAAGAAGAAGAAGAGUAAAGGUAGAGACGAGGAUGCUGAGCAGUUACAGUCCGGCAUUGUUACCGAACCUCAAAGUGAUGAUGCUGAGAUGCAGAAGAAAAAGAAGAAGAAGAAGAGUAAAGGUAGCGGCGAGGAUGCUGAGCCGUUACAGUCCGGCAUUGUUACCGAACCUCAAAGUGAUGAAGCUGAGAUACAGAAGAAGAAGAAGAAGAAGAAAAGGAAAAAAGAAUUGGGAAUUGAGAUAGCGGAGGAACAUGAAGAAGAGGAGACAUCGAAUGGGACUUUAGAUUUGCCGCCGAUGUCAACAGAACAGUUGGAGGCGUCUAGAAAUUGUUUCCAAGAACCAUUAGGAUCCAGUUUGGUCAAGAGGAAAAAGCGUAAAAAGAAACAACAGUCCUCUGACGACGCCACUCAAGGCGGAGAAGAGGGCGUGGAUGUGAGCUUUUGUCUUCAGGAUUCUGUGACCAUGGCUAAAGGUGCACUGAAGAAGAAGAGGAGCACUUUCUUUGAGGAACUGAAUGUCUUUCACACUCCGAAAGAAAAAUUUGAAAACGUAUCCAACCAGAAAACAAAUGAGGGCCUGGAAGACCAAAUCGCUGAGUCGGUGACUAAGAAGAAGAAAAAGAAAGAAAUAUUUAGCAGGGGUGUAUCUGAAGACAAAGUGGCGCAAAGCGAUGAUUCCGUGUCUGCACGGGAAAAGGGAAAGAAGAGGCACUCAUCCUUCCUCGUUGCUGAUGCAGAGGAAAGUUGUGCGCAGACACGCGGCAUCUCUCCCUCUGCGUGCCGUGCCGGCGCGAAGAGGAAAAAGGAACGCACAGGAAGUGAAAGCGAAGGACUGGACAGCGCAGCUGACACAGGGCUUUCUGCAAAGGAUGAGGCUGUGGUGUUGAAAAAGAAGAAGAGAAAGUGUAACAGUGUGAUAAUAGAAGGUCCUCCAGCUGCCACGACCUGUAGCUCAGUUUCACGAAAGAAAAAAGGCAAAUGUGACGCGAGCGCGGAAACGCUGACCUCGGUCGAAUGUGAUUUAGCAUCUUCAGAGAUGUUGAAUGACACGAGAGACCAGAAAAAGAAGAAGAAGAAGAAGACAUUUCAAAAUGAUGAAAAGUCGUUGGCUCAGUCCGAGCCCGGUGAAACCAGAGGGAAGCAAAGAAGCGAGCAGCCCGUCAGCCCCGUCAUGCCGGAGGCUCCAGACAUCCUGAGGAAGAAGCACAAGCGGAAACUUCUCAAUCCAACCGUGGAGUUCUUCUCUGACUCUUAGUUUGAACUCUCUAAUUGGAUGAGCUGUAGAUUUGAGUUUGAUCAGUGGAGGAAUUCUCGACUUCCUGUGUUGUUUUGAAUGCACAGUGUUGAUGUGAAAAGCCUUUUGAAUAUGUAUUUCGUUUUGUAUCAAAGCAUUUUACCGACACCGCUCUCAACCUUUUUGGUUGAACAGAAAAAUAACACACCAUGUUUACUUUUGUUAAGUUUGUUAAAUUAAACUACAUGAAAUUAUUUUUAA